GAGCUCUUUACUCUUCGAAGGGAGUAGGGCAUAGGGAUGGUCACUUCGGGACACGACUUUUGUGUUGUGGUCGGAACUCUUGCUCACGUUUCUGCUUUCCAGUCGGAAUGUGACACUCUUUCAUUAGCAGAAUGAACAUCAACAUGGCUGCUGUACUGUCGCCAAGACCGUGCGAUAGCAACCCUGCCACUCCUGGGACGCAGUCUAUGAAGGAUGACAUUGAGGAGAACUCCAGCGAUGGCAGUCAAAAUCCAAAGAGACGCAGGAUGGGUUCAGGGGACAGUUCCAGGAGCUGUGACGCAUCCAACCAAGAGCUGGGACCAACAUAUUUCCCUGCUGAAAAUCUGACAGAAUACAAAUGGCCUCCAGAUGACACAGGAGAGUAUUAUAUGUUACAAGAGCAAGUCAGCGAAUAUUUAGGAGUCACCUCAUUCAAACGGAAAUAUCCAGAUUUGGAAAGAAGAGACUUGUCUCACAAAGAGAAACUGUAUCUGAGAGAGCAGAAUGUCAUUACAGAAACACAGUGUACAUUAGGUCUUACUGCCUUACGCAGUGAUGAGGUCAUUGAUCUGAUGAUAAAGGAGUAUCCUGCUAAACACGCCGAGUACUCCGUCAUACUCCAAGAGAAAGAGCGGCAGAGGAUAACUAAAGAAUACUCUGUGAGCACACUGAGUGCGCAAAUGCAGCAGCAAAACCCUCAAAAAGUUGAGGCCAGUAAAGUGCCAGAGUACAUAAAGAAAGCUGCUAAAAAAGCUGCUGAAUUCAACAGUAAUUUUAACCGAGAGCGAAUGGAGGAGAGAAGAGCUUAUUUCGACCUACAAACACAUAUUAUUCAGGUACCUCAAGGAAAAUACAAAGUCCUCCCUCCUGAAAAAACCAAGACGGGUCCAUACCCAGUUGCCCUCAUCCCUGGGCAGUUCCAAGAGUACUACAAAAGGUAUUCCCCAAAUGAAAUCCGCUACUUGCCCUUGAACACGGCAUUAUAUGAGCCUCCACUGGACCCUGAGCUGCCGGCUCUGGACAGUGAUGGAGACUCUGACGAUGGAGAAGAGGGGAAAGAAGACGGCAAGAAAAAUAAAGGUUCCUCUGACAGUUCAUCUGGAAACACAUCAGAUGGAGACAGCCAAGACAGUGGAAUUCAAUCCAAAGUCAAGAGCAAAGGAGCCCAGAGCAAAGACGCCACGCCUCGCACCAUCCAACAAAAAUCUGUCCCUGGGUACAAGCCUAAGGUCAUUCCCAAUGCUAUAUGUGGCAUAUGUCAGAAGGGCAAGGAGGCCAACAAGAAAGGCAAACCAGAAGCCCUCAUCCACUGCUCCCAGUGCCAAAACAGCGGUCACCCGUCCUGUCUGGAUAUGAGCGUGGAGUUGGUGUCCCAGAUCAAGAUGUACCCGUGGCAGUGCAUGGAAUGCAAGACAUGCACCAUCUGUGAGCAGCCUCAUCACGAGGACGAGAUGAUGUUCUGUGAUAAGUGUGAUCGGGGUUUCCAUACCUUCUGUGUGGGCAUGGACUCCAUUCCUCUAGGUUGCUGGGUCUGUGAUUUAUGCAACAAAGUGUUAUCCACAUCUCAGAAAAAAGGAACGACAAAAACACCCAGAAAAUCCAAAUAGGUUUUUUUUGACAGUUUUGUUAUUCAUUUCUAUUUGUUACUACUCGACAAGCCCAAACAAUGUUUUGUAUGUUGCAUUAAAGUUUUGUAGCAGUUUUUUAUAUAAUUGUUUUC